AUGGAAUGGCUGAUACAAGGCCUACUUGGGGCUGAAGGGGACAUGGAGCUUCUCUGGGGCCAGCUGACCCAUGCCCUGGCCUGCAGACACUGUGGCAGCAGCUGCCUCCAGAGUCCAGGGAAUCUGGUGACACUAUUCUUGUUCAUGGUUUGGCAGAUCCGGAGGUGGUGGCAGCUUGGGAAGUGGCGACAGCUUCAACCCUGGUACUCUGGGGACAUGAUGCAAGGCAAGGGCCUACCACUUCUGUAUCGUGUGGCUUUCCUUGAUCACCUGUGGAAGCAGAAGUCAGAGGAGGAAGAAGAGGAGGAAGAAGAGGAAACAUCUCUGGAUCCACUGAAGCCAUGUUCUCUUCCCAAAGAAGCUCCUAUUGGAGAGCAAGCCACCACAGCCCCAUCUCAACCAUCCUGUGGUUCUGAGGACCUCCACAAAGCCAUAGGGACACCAAAGCAAGUACAUACACAGACCCCAAGCCCUUCCAGAUCCUUCCCCACCUUUCAGAUCCUGACCAACCUGCCUGUGAGGCACAAAACAGAAUCAGGAAGCUAUCUACAUCAGAGAAAAAGCCAGCUCUUCUGGGGUCUCCCCUCUUUGCACAGUGAGUCCUUGGAGGCGAUCUUCCUGAGCUCAGGUGGCCCCUUUCCCCUGAAGUUGUCUAUUGGUCCUUUUGUCUUCUUCAACAAGCUUGCCUUCCUGCCUAGGUCCAAUCUGCUGCUUCCCCAGUAUUGCUCCCCAACUCAGCCUCCUACCCAUGAAAUUCAUACUACAGAAGACGUGGAACGGAUGGCCCUUGAUCCUCAGCAACCUCCUCCUCCAUCUUCCCCUUCUGUCCCAUCACUACCCUUCCAUCUUAAGUCCUUUCCCAUGGACCACAUGGGAGUCCUAUCUGAUGCUAAGGCACAUACACAAACACAAGGAACUAGCCCCCUGGGAGUUCCACCUGGAUAUAAAACUCAGUGGAGAACCACAGGACAUAAAGAGAGUCCUCAAGCCUUCGAGCCUCCAAUGCCAGCUCCCUGCCAACCCUCAGAUGCUCUGUCAGAACUCCAGAAAGUCAUUCCUGAAGGAGGACUUUCUGCACCUAAGGACUUCUGGGAAACCAUGAGUCACAGAGAGAGCCCUCAGACCUCUAGGUCUCCAAUGCCAUGCCCUUGCCCUCCCCUAGGUCCCCUGCAAGAACUCCAAGGAGGAAGUUCUCUGGGAGAUCCAUCUAGAUAUAAGCCCCAGUGGGGACACAGAGAAAAAUCAGGAAAUCUGUGGGCCUUUAAGCCCCCAGCCCUGGACCUUAACCCAGGGCUCUAUGGAACGAGCCCUAAAUGUGUCCCACAAAGAUCUGAGACUCCAUGCAAGGGCAGGCAGAGUAGAGAAAAUCUUUGGGUCUCUGCAGACCCAGUUUCUUCUCCUAGGCUACCCUCAUCUUCUCUGCUGGUGUCCCUAGGAAUGAGUUCCCAGGGAAACUUGUCUGAGUCCAAAGCUUUGGGGGGGCAGAGAGAGAACCUCUGGACCUCUGAGUCCCCAGCCCCUGCCCACAGCCCAUCUCUAGCUUCCAUUCUAGAACUCCACAGAAUCAAUCCUAUGGGAGGCCUCACUAGAUCAGAAGCUGCAUGGAGGGACACUGAGCAUUCUAGGAAUUCCUGGGCUCCUGAGCCUCCAUCUCUGGCCUUCAGCCCACCCCCAGCUCUUAUAUUGGAGCCCCUCAGAGCUAGCCCCAUGGGGGUCCUGUUUGAUUCUGAGGCUAGAUGUGGGGACAUAAAAAGGAGAAAGAACUCCUGGGCCUCUGAGCUCCCAGCUUGCAGCUUACCCCAAAACCCACAUGGAGCCAGAUCCUUGGGAGCCCUGUCUGGCUCUGAGCCUACUGGACAGAACAAGAAGCAGAAAGAAACCUGUUGUAUUCCUGGGUCCCCACUGUGGGGCCACAGCCCACCUCCAAACUCUAAGUCAAAGUUUCACAUAAGCGAGCCUCCUGGAGACCAAUGUACCUGUAAGCCUAAGGGGGAAGCAGUGGAGCAGAAAGACAACUGCAGGGCCACUGAGCUCCCAUCCCCAACCCCCAGCUCUCUCUCUGCUCCUCUACCAGAUCCACAUACUGACCUUGAGUUUGUAUGGAGGAAUGUGCAACCAAGAGGGAUCCCCCAGGCCUCCAGCCCUCCAGCAGUGGAUCCUGUGCAGCCAAUACCCUGGCCUGCCACCUUAGCUAAAGCUCUGAAGACUGAGUCCAACCAGCCUGACUUACCCAAGAGAGAACUGUUCCCAGGGGCUAGGGCAGAGACUCCAUCCUCCCAGGGAGAGGCUGUCCCAGAGGUGCCCCCCAACUCUGGGAUCCAGGCCUGGCACUGGAGUAGAGAGUUGGAACUCAGGCUGAAAAAACUACGGCAGAGUCCUACUUCCGGAUACCCGGAUCAGCGACUGUCCUUUGAAUGCUCCCGGGACCUGAGCUCCACAACUCCAGACUCCUGGAGACUCUCUUCCUGCCCCCCACAGCAGAGUCAUCCCUCUAAUUUGUGCCCCCACUCUUCAAGCUGUCAUCCCCUGAAAAUUCACAGCACAGUAGCUCAGCCUGUCCAGAUCUCCCACUGUUAUCACUCCCACUCUUCUUCCCAGCCUCAGCUACGAGUGUCUGGCAGGGCCGAACAAGGGUCUGAGAGAGAGGAAAGAAUGAAGAUGAAGAUGGUAGCCCAGGUCUCAUCCCAGGUGCCAUGUGUUCCCAUGGAGACUGGUGAGAACUGCUCAGACCUGAGUAAACCCUCAAACCCUGAGGUUCCGGCCUUGGGCAAGAGACAGAACAAGGCUUCAGCCCUACCUUCAGCCAAAAAGAGAGAGAGCCCCAGGAAACCCAAAGCAGGAGACCACAGAAGAGGGGAUGCAAGAUUGGGGUCAUCCACAGUUACAGGGAAGAGCCACCCAGCCCAGGCCAGAAGACUGGUGGAAGCCCCUUUAAGCAGACUUUCCCAAAGACCUCAGCACAAAGACCAGAGCUCUCGACACAUUGCUCUCCCUCAGCAGCUUCACUCUAAGGCUGCAGGUCCCCAAAUUCAGCGAGGAGCAGGGCUGGGAGCUGGUGACAUCCUGAUCCCUCAUCAUUCUAAGCACUGCCCUUGGGCCCACAUGGAAAAGCAUUUCUCCUCCCCAAUGCCUCAGGUUCCCCUUACCAGGGGUCUCCAAAGAAUGUUAGCCAAGUUUCUGGGUACCCAUGGCCCCUGCCAACCAAAACCAGUAAGAAGAGGAAAGGCUGGUAGUACUGGCACCCAAUACCCCAAGACUUGAAGCCAAACCAGCUGUGGGGUGGGGAGAGAGAAAAUCCUAAUAAACUAGGUGAACUA